GGGCAAGGGGCGGGCCGGUUGAAGCUCCGCCACGGUCUGGCCGCGGGAAGGACUGACGGAUAGAGGGGCUGCUGGAGCCUCAGGGGCCAUGGCCGAGCCCGCCGCUCGCCGCUGCUGCCUGGGCUGGGACUUCAGCACGCAGCAGGUCAAAGUUGUUGCUGUUGAUGCAGAGCUGAAUGUCUUCUAUGAGGACAGUGUACAUUUUGACAGAGACCUUCUAGAAUUUGGGACUCAAGGUGGAGUUCACGUUCACGAGGAUGGGCUGACAGUGACUUCUCCAGUCCUGAUGUGGGUCCAGGCUUUGGAUAUCAUCUUGGAGAAGAUGAAGGCUUCGGGCUUCGACUUCUCUCAAGUCCUUGCCUUGUCUGGGGCGGGCCAGCAACAUGGAAGUGUGUACUGGAAGGCCGGGGCCAGCCGGGUGCUGACAAGCCUGUCACCAGACCUCCCGUUACAUGAGCAGCUACAGGCCUAUUUCUCCAUCACUGACUGCCCGGUGUGGAUGGACUCCAGCACAACAGCCCAGUGCCGCCAGCUGGAGGCCGCCGUGGGCGGGGCCCAGGCUCUCAGCAGCCUCACCGGGUCUCGUGCCUAUGAGCGAUUUACAGGAAACCAAAUCGCAAAGAUUUACCAGCAGAACCCCGAGGCCUACUCACACACGGAGAGAAUUUCCUUGGUCAGUAGUUUUGCUGCUUCCCUGUUCCUUGGGUCUUACUCCCCUAUUGAUCACAGCGAUGGUUCUGGAAUGAAUUUGUUGCGGAUCCAUGACAAAGUCUGGUCGCGGGCCUGUCUUGCAGCCUGCGCACCUCAUUUGGAGGAGAAGCUCGGCCCGGCGGUGCCAUCCUGCUCGGUCGUGGGGUCCAUUUCUUCCUACUAUGUUGGGCGCUAUGGGUUUUCUCCAGGAUGCAAAGUGGUGGCCUUCACUGGGGACAACCCAGCGUCACUGGCCGGCAUGAGGCUGGAGGAAGGUGACAUUGCGGUCAGCCUGGGCACCAGCGACACCCUGUUUCUCUGGCUCCAGGAGCCCACGCCCGCCCUGGAAGGCCACAUCUUCUGCAGCCCGGUGGACCCGCAGCACUACAUGGCGCUUCUGUGCUUUAAAAAUGGCUCCCUCAUGAGAGAGAAGAUCCGUGAUGAGUCUGCUUCCCAUUCCUGGAGUGAGUUCUCCAAGGCACUGCAGUCCACGGAGAUGGGGAACAGUGGAAACCUGGGUUUUUAUUUUGAUGUAAUGGAGAUCACCCCUGAAAUUAUUGGCCGUCAUAGGUUUACUGCAGAAAACCGAGAGGUCUCAGCAUUCCCUGGGGAUGUGGAGAUUCGAGCACUGAUCGAAGGACAGUUCAUGGCCAAGAAGAUUCAUGCUGAGGGCCUGGGCUAUCGAGUCAUGCCCAAGACAAAGAUUUUGGCCACGGGAGGGGCAUCUCAUAACAGAGACAUCUUACAGGUGCUUGCAGAUGUGUUUGGUGCCCCGGUGUACGUCAUAGACACCACCAACUCAGCCUGUGUGGGCUCUGCUUACCGAGCUUUCCAUGGCCUUGCAGCUGGAACAGGCAUGCCCUUUUCAGAGGUGGUGAAAUUAGCCCCAAAUCCCAGGUUAGCUGCUACCCCAACCCCGGGAGCUUCUCAGAUCUAUGAGGCCCUCCUCCAGCGGUAUGCCAAGCUUGAGCAGAGAAUCCUGACUCAGACCCGGGAGCCUCCAGAGCGAAUUCCGCAGGCCGAGGCUCACUGAUCCCACUUGGAGAUGUGGCCCUGGACAGCAACGAUCCGCUUCCCUGUUCUGAGCAGCUCUGCCUGCCCACCUGACUCCUUGUAGUGCUCCAGCUCUGCCGAGGACCACCUUAAAGCCUGCCUUAGCGCAUCUUCUUGAACAUAGAUGGGCUGCUUUUUUUCUGGGGCAGGAAGACAUCUCUCUUUUUCUGCUUUUAAACCCAGGAGGCAAGAUAACACAGCCUGGGAUAUGUCCAAUAAAAAUUGUGACUUUUCCCAUUUCAGGACCUAAAUCAGCAGAAUGGGGGAGACAUAGCAAAACAGAUUCUUUCCUCUUGAUUCACCAGUUUUCAGAAUAAUGAGUUGAUUCCCAAGCAUCCUCUAAUAGCAACUAGAUUUUAGUAUCAAUAUGAUGCAUGUAACAUAUUUUAUAUGUCUUAAUCCAUUGCAGUAAUUAUUCUUAUCCUUGUCUUCCUUUUGUUAGCCAUUCUCUCCAACUUUUCUCCUGCUUUCCUGAUCUAUCAUUCAUUCUUUCUUCUUUUUUUGGGGGGGGUGGUGGUAAUUAGGUUUAUUUUUUCACUUUUUUCAGGAAGUACUGGGGAAUGAACCCAAGACCUUGUGCAUGCUAAGCAUGUGCUCUACCACUUGAGCUAUACCCUCCCCUUCCCUCCUAUUCUUUCUUCUUUACUGAUGCUUCUGCUCUGUCUACUUCUUAAUUAUUGCUGGGUCCCAAGCCUCUGUUCUCAUUCCUCUUUCCCUCCCAUUCUGUCCUCUCUUGUUGGAUGGUUUCAUCUAGUCUUGGGCUUCAAUUGCUACUUAUAGCAGUAACACCCAGAUCUAUGUUUUCAGCCAGGACUCUCCUUGGAGUCUGUCAGCGUUCUCACAGGGGUACUUCAGACCCCACUUAUCUUCCUUCGCCCUUCCCCAAACCUCCUCCUCUAGAGGUCUUGUUUCAGUGAAUUGGCACCACUCUCCAUCCAUUUGUUCAUUCAGGAAUGCAAACCUCAAACUCAGAUAUCCUCUUUCCCAUGUCAAGUCAGUUACCAACCAUGUUGGUUAUUCCUUUGGUAACUCUUAAAGCAGUUCCUUUCUCUUUAUCCCUCCUGUUUUACUUUAGACCCCUUGCAUCUUUGCUCAAAUUAUUGCAGAAGCCUCCGUAGAAGGUCCUCUGGGUCUGCCUUCUGCAAAAUGCUCCAGAUUUUUCUUGUGCCACAAGCCCUCACCUACGUUGGGACUUCAGUUAAACCAAACUACUUGUGGUCUUACUCAGAGCAGGAAAAUGCUACAAACAGGUUUGACAGACCCGGUGGAUCAGAGCAGUGGCUAGUGGGAACUCAAAGGGAAAGGGUUUAGAAAACGAGUAGGACUAGAGAUAACCACUUCUGAGAAAAAUGACAUCUUGAGAGGGAGUGGUGUCCCUUGCAGGCUUGGUGGAUGAAGGCAAACAAAGAAGCAAGAAGGCAAAGGUUGAUGGCCAACAACAGUAAGUCAAAGAUUUGGAAUAAAACAGGCAAUUCUUACCACCACCACCUAGACAUUACUGACUAGAGAAGUUUAACAUUAUUGAUCAACAGAAGAGUGCAUUCAUCUAUCAAGAAACAGAGAAAGCGACUGAAUCCAUUCCUCAUUUUUCCUCUGCUCCCACAGAGUUGCCUGUUAUUACAAGGAUGUCAGUGUAAAUAGAACAUACUUUAAAGCAUAUAGAAGAUAGGGAUGAACAAAGCUAAGACAGCAAAAGCAAUACAAGGGAAGAGCUGAAAACGCCCAGGAAGAAAAUGAGACAAAGAAGACAGGCAGAAGAAAUCUAACACUGAAAAUUGGAGAUCUCAAAGCCAAGAGGUGAGACAAUGGAACAGAGUUAUUAUUUAAAACUGUACCCCAAGAGAAAUUCCUGAAAACAAAAGACCCAAAUCUAUAUCUUGAAGGGGACUACUAUCUUGUUACUUGGAAAACUGACCCAGAAUGAUCAACUGAGACACAGCCUUGCAAAGUAUUAUACUUUGAAGCUGAGGGAAAAAAAACUGUCUAGGCCAAAAGACCUAGUCUCUUAAAAAGGAAAGAUCAGGUUGGCACCAAACUUCUCAAAAAGCAAACAGCAGUGGAGCAAUAUUUUUAAGAAACCCGAAGGAAAAAUAUGAACUGAGUGUUUCAUGUCCAGCUAAGUUGCCCUGUAAGUAUCAAGGAUGUUUGAAAAAUUUUGUUUUAAUUAUGCAAGAGCUCAGGAAAUGAUGUACUCAUAACCCUUAUGAUUCUACUCAAACAAGCUUCAUCCAAGGAAGAGAUGAUUGGGGAAACUUCAGCAAAAGGACUGGUAGUGAGUAUUGAGUAUCUUUAGUUAUAGAUCUAAGACCAAAGUGGAAGUGGGGAUAAGGGUGGAAGAAUAGUAUCAGAUGGCACGUACUUUGACAAGGUGGAAGUAACACAACUAAGUAAAUAAAAAAGAAGGGAGAGAAGAAGGGGACAGUACAAAGAGCUCUGUUGCAAAGGCAAUAUGUACGAGCCAAAGGAUAUCUUUUAAAGUUGACAAGCUAAGCGGGUAGGGUAUAGCUUAAGCGGUAGAGCCCAUGCUUAGCAUGCAUGAGGUCCUAGGUUCAAUCCCCAGUACCUCCUCUAACAGUAAAUAAAUAAGUAAACCUAAUUAUCUGCCCCCACCAAAAAAAAAAAAUUAAGACAGAGGUUACAAUUUCUGUAUCCGAUAAGGUAGAAUUCAGAAAAAAAAAAACAAAAAACCAA